AUGGCCUGCGUCGGUGCUGCGAGUGCCUGCAUGGACGUCGACGCGCUCUUCUCGAGUCACUGGGAGCAGGAUGACUCCCUGACUCGCUUCAUGUGCAACCUGGUCUCGCUUUCACGCCUGGUCGACUUCAAAUGGACCAGCUCAGGCACUCAACUUGCAGCCAAGGCUGCUCUUGUCGUGGUUGAGUCUCCUGCUGUGAAAGAUGAGGUCCCUGCUGUCCCUGUGGCGGUCCCUGCUGGCUCGUUUGUUGUCCCUGCUGCCUGUGUGCUUGUCCCUGCUGUCUCUGUGGCGGUUCCUGCUGACCUGCUCGAAACUGCUACCAGCUCUGCUGAACCCGCUGCUCUGUCAACUUUGGUCGUUCCUCCUGUCUCGGCUGUUUCACCCCGCUGCUCGGCUGAAGAAGUUUUCGGUUUUGUUGAGAACUCUAUCUGCUCGGUUGAGGAAUCGUGGUGGUUGGCUCCGGAGUCUGAGGAGGUGGCUUCCUGGUUCCUGGUUGCUGAGGUAUUUGAGGAUGUGAUUAUGGGUUUGGAAGCGCAGAAAGGUGUAGAGCUGGAUGCAGAUGCAUACGAGGAUGCGACAAUGGGUUCUGAGGCACAGAAAGGUGUGGUGAUGAAUGCUGAGAUGGGUGCAGAGGCGAGCAGCAGGCGGUGCAGCCUGAGUCGGACUGACAGCAGCUGCAGCAGCCACAGUGCGUGUCUUAUCGACCCCACUUGGGAUAGCUGCUCUUCCACUUCUGCUGAUAGUCUGUGUGGUUCUCGCAGGGACUUGGUCACAGAGGUAACUUGUGGGAGGAAGGGGAUUGGUCGUCGCAUCAGCAGCACUGGGAAGGGCUGGAUUAUGGACAUGAAGGGUUUUGGGAAGGCUGAUGGGGGGUCUACUUUCUCAAACCAGCUGUAUGGGGACGAUGAGGAGGAUGAAGAUGCCAGCAGCAGAAGCGGCUCUUCGAUCUAUGGGGCAGGGAGUGUGUGCUACAUGAAUCAACUGUACAUGGAUGAGGAGGAUGAGGAGGAGAGGAGAUCACUGGCAGCUUCAGGGAUCUCGGUCGGGAUUGGAAGGUUCGGUGCAAGACGGAGGUUAACAGGCUCUAGCAGCCGGGUUGCUCUCCGUAGGAUGAGCAAUGUGCUGAGACAAAUGUAG